AAUCUUUGUGUAUUUUAUUAAGUAAGUGCGAAAAAAUGAAUAUGUUCUAUGGAAAAAUAAAAUAUUAGAAUCGGUCAAAAGUAAGAGAUAUAUUUUUCACAAGCGAAAAUGACGACGGAGCUCUCAAAUUUAAUUAUUUCAUUAUUGUAUAUGGUAUUAACGUCAGUAUUAGCGACAUUUGCUAGAAAAUUAGUGAAAAAAACUAUUGAAAAUGAAUUUGUUCAGGAAUUAUUCAAUGAAGCAAUUGCUUCUGCUGAGUUAUGUGCUUGUUGUUUUGAACUGAUCAUAGUUGCGGAUAAUUAUGGAGUAUCUUCGUAUGCAAUAUGCUUAUUUAUUUUAACAAUAUGGUGGGCAAAUCAAUGGGAAAAUGCUACAGCAUGUCCAUAUACGCAUUUGGAGGAUGUAGUGAAUGGAACAACUACAUUACGUGUAGCAAUAUUUAAAAUAUGGGCACAACUUACAGGUGGAUGCCUAGUGUUUCGAUAUAUUCAAUUGUUGUGGAGUUUAGAAUUAGCCAGCACACAUGCUGGGCGAGCCUAUGAAGAUUGUACAGCCGAUUUGCAGGUUCCUAUGAUCUUUGGAGCAAUUGUGGAGUGUGCAGCCACAUGCUUGUGUCGUCUAGGAUCUAAUGUUAUAUCCGAUAAUCUUAGUAAUACAAAAGUUGCCGUAGUUCUGGAUUCAUUUGUAGGAACAUCGUUAGUUGUUGCCGCCUUUAAUUAUUCGGGUGGAUAUUUUAAUCCAGUUUUAGCAACAGCAUUGAAAUAUGGUUGUGCUGGUAACACAUUUACUGAACAUAUGGUUGUUUAUUGGUUUGGAGCAAUUGCUGGAUCAAUUGCAUCCAUUUACAUUUAUCAGUCAUCCAUAGUUAAGCAAUUGUUAGGUCAAAAAUCAAAAAUUGAAUAAAUAAUUUAUUUUUUUAUGUGAAUUAAGGACAUUUUAUUAUACGGAUAGUAAGUAAACGUGUUCAAGGGCAGUUACUCACAUGUCAAAUAAAUACCACAAUACUCGAAAUAAAAUUGUAUAUUGAAAAAUUUAUGUCAAUAAAAAUUUAAAUAUAUACCACACCUCCGUGUGACCAAACUAAA